UAUGGAUCAAUGCAAUUCAUUCGGGUUGGAAUAAGUUGGAUGAUUGAGUUGUACACUUGUACUCCAGCGUAUAUCAUCAACCCGAAAUGUCAUGCCAAAAAAGAACCUUGAACACCGCGAGAUCUGUCAUUCGAAUACCGUGAUCCGAAGUGAUCAAUGAUUGCACAUGGAUCAUUUUUCCGCCAUCUCCAUUCGUUGCUCAAAUCUGGUGAAAAAGUUGAUGUUACUGUACUGUAAUUCGUGAAGGUUGUUUCAGACAAAGGAGUUGGGGGCGAAAGAUGCCAAGCGUCGGUGUGAAGCUUUAUAGUGUAUUCUUCAAAUUCAUGCUGAAGCAUCGGUUGCAGAAUCGAAUUCAAAACCAGGUUACAGACGGACCCGAUGGCAGCCGCACCGCCGCAUUUGGAGUCACUUCUCGGCCAGAGGAAGAGUCCAUCGCCGCCGCUAGUCCCGUCUUUACGGAUGGAGUGGCCACAAAAGAUAUACACAUUGAUCCGUUAACUUCUCUGUCCAUUCGAAUCUUCCUUCCCCAAACCUGCCUUGAUUUCCCUGAUUCCGAUUUCAGACUUCAAGCUAAAUCCAAGGUUAGGGUUACCGUGAGCAAGUCAGAGUCCGUUCCCGGAUCCGAUCCCAAUCAAACACUUAUUCGCCGAAGUAGCUACGGCUCUCCGGCCACUAACAAUAGAUCCAUUUCUCGAACGGAGAGUGUUAAUCAGAGUUUUAAUUACAAUAAUCACCCGAGAAGUAGUCACGGAUGCAGUGCAGAUGAUCUCAGUUUGGCAUCCACUAACGGGGUUUACAGAGGCUACUCACCUGCCAGUAAAAACUGCCGGAAGUUGCCGGUGAUAUUGCAAUUCCACGGCGGCGGUUUUGUGACGGGAAGCAAGGAUACUGUGGCGAACGAUAUCUUCUGUAGAAGGAUCGCCAAGCUGUGUGAUGUGAUUGUGUUGGCCGUUGGGUACAGGUUAGCUCCAGAGAAUCGAUUUCCUGCAGCUUUCGAAGAUGGGUUGAAGGUGCUGCAUUGGGUAGCUAAGCAAGCUAAUUUGGCUGAAUGUUGUAAGUCCUCAUUGGGAAGCAAGCAAAUUGCAGAUGCCUUUGGAGCAUCAAUGGUGGAGCCUUGGAUGGCUGCUCACGGAGAUCCGUCAAG